AUGAUGUAUGGUGCCAGAGAAAUUAUCCAAGGUGUGCAAAGAAAUGUUAAACUAUGUUUUUCUUUCUCUAAAUAUGUAAUUUUUUUUUGUUUGGACAGAUAUGAGCUGAAAGUCAAAAUUCAGGAUGAGAGGAACGUUGAGCUAUAUCCUGUGGACAACGAAGCUACCCAUAUACUCAACAUCAAAAGAGGCAUCGUCUCUGCUCUCCUUGUGCCAACAGAGGCAGAAGACAAUAUCCAAACAUUGCCCAUGGAUACGGUCUAUGGAGAAUGUGACAGCAACAUUGAAGUAAAAAAUAGAAAAAGCAAUGCUCCUAAUUUAGUAGACAUUGAAAUAACAAGAAAUCUGAAAUCUUGUGAGAACUUCAACCCUAUCAGAGGUUAUGUCAGCCCAAUUGCUUUCAUUAAAGGCUUGGUAAGUACACGGAGCAUGAGGGAAAAUAUGCACUAUUUGUGUUAUAUGACUGGGAUAUACCACAUUUUCCAUAAUCACUAUCAUUACGAAAUUAAGCUAUCAUUUUUAUCAAUGUAAUUUGAUGAAAUAUCUUUUCUCGGAGAUCAAGUAAGAUUUUUUUUUUUUAAUGAGCAAACCAAGUAUUAAAAUUAAAAAAGUGAAAUGCAAGUUUCCAGCAGGAGUCGUGAUCCAAGAUUCUCACUUUGUUUUGUUCUUGGGACUGGCCUUUCUAAACCUAUGAAGUGGUUCACAACAUGCAGAAGAUCUCAAAUUAAAUUGGGGCAUUCUGCCUAAAAAGUAAAUCCUUUCGCUCCUUUUUUUAUUUCCUCUGGGAGGGGCCAUUCAUCGUCCACCUUUGACCUUACUCCCAAGUCGACC